GCCCUUCCUCCCUCAGUCUUCACCCACAUUCGCUCGCUACAGACGAACGCGCCUUCUCCAUUGCGCCUCUGGGACUACUCCGUUUAAUACUGCCUGCUUUACUUGUUAAUUCUUCCUCUCGCUCCAGCAUCUUUCCACCACGACCAAACAGCCCGCCGAACCCACGCAACUGAAACCGAGCGAGUAGUCUUAAUAUCCCAGUUACCAACCCACGCCAACUACACAAAAUGCCUUCCAUGAUGAAGAUCGCCCUCCCUGCCCUGGCUGCUGCCAGCGGUGCCUACGCUGCUUGCAGUACGUCUGCCACCAUGACCAUCCAGAACGCCGGUGACGCCAGCGCCAUCGCCUCGUGCUCCACCUUCUCUGGUAACAUCGCCAUCGCGACUGGCACCACCGACGACAUCUCCCUCAACGGCGUCAAGAAGAUCGACGGCAACCUCGUUGCCACCGACAACUCCGACAUGAAGCAGAUCAGCGCCAGCGACCUCGAGGAGCUCGACGGAGAGAUGCAGCUCGAUGGCCUCACCCGUCUCUACGCUGUCAACUUCCCCAAGCUCAAGAGCGUCGACUCCAUCAAGUGGAACGCUCUGCCCAACCUCCAGGAGAUCGGCUUCACCGCCGAGGUCACCAAGGCCAACAAGGUCGACAUCCAGAACACCGCUCUUCGCUCGCUCAAGGGCAUCAACAUCGAGGAGGUCGACACUGUUUUCAUCGCCAACAACGGUUACAUUGAUGAGAUCUCUAUGCAGCUUGGCAACGUCUCGACCUCGCUGACUCUUGCCGACAACAACGAGGCCGUCAAGGUCGACCUACCCAACCUCAUCUGGGCUAGCAACCUGACCUUCCGAUUCUGUGCUUCAGUUUCAGUCCCCUCCCUCGAGCGCUUGAACGGCUCUCUCGGUCUCUACAACAACGGUUUCGAGUCAUUCGCUGCUCCUAACCUUACUUCCGUCGGCGAGGCUGUUGCCCUUGUCGCCAACGAGAACCUGUCCAACGUCUCUUUCCCCAUGCUCGGCAAGAUCUCUGGCAACCUCCAGAUCGCCAACAACUCCAAGCUCAUCGAGGUGGAUGGCUUCCCCGCUCUUAAGAGCAUCGGCGGAGCUUUCGACAUGAGCGGUAACUUCACUGACGUCUCUACCCCCAAGCUCAACAGCGUUUCGGGUGCCUUCAACCUCCAGUCCACCGACAACGUCACUGAGACUUGCGCUACCUACAAGCCCCUGAAGGAGAAGAAGCUCAUUGAGGGUGGCUACAAGUGCGAGGGCAAGCUCAUCGACCCCGCUGGUGAGGGCCACAAGGGCACCAAGCAGGGUGGCUCCGACGACUCCACUGGCGCCGCCUCGACUCUCAGCGCCGCCACUGGUGCUCUCAGCCUUGCUGCCAUGGCCGCUGUUCUCCUUUUCUAAAAAGCUCAUGACGCUGGCGUUCCUUAAUUGCAUAGACUACCCCUACCAUCUGACUUUCUUUGAUAGCGUAUAGCAUCAAGCGAACAAGCGCUGACGUUGGAGUUCAGCAUCUGAGGACUGAAGGGCUUCUGGGGACGGUUUCAUGGUUCAGCAUGUAACAAUUGUAUGUAUCACUUGGCUACGAGGGUCGAGCAGACUGUUAAUCCGCAGUACACUUAAGUCUGCUCCGCGACAUGGAGUGCAGAAUUGCAGAAGGAGUUGCUUUAUUUGGGAUAGUGGCAUGCA